UUGUUCCGCCACUGGUUCACUGACUCUACAAAUCCACAGCUCACUCCCCACAUCAAGUUAACUACAAAUCCACACCUCACUCUCCACAUCAAGUUAACUACAAAUCCACACCUCACUCUCCACAUCAAGUUAACUACAAAUCCACACCUCACUCUCCACAUCAUGUUAACUACAAAUCCACACCUCACUCUCCACAUCAAGUUAACUACAAAUCCACACCUCACUCCCCUCAUCAAGUUAACUACAAAUCCACACCUCACUCUCCACAUCAAGUUAACUACAAAUCCACACCUCACUCUCCACAUCAUGUUAAAUACAAAUCCACACCUCACUCCCCACAUCAAGUUAACUACAAAUCCACAGCUCACUCCCCACAUCAAGUUAACUACAAAUCCACACCUCACUCUCCACAUCAAGUUAACUACAAAUCCACACCUCACUCUCCACAUCAAGUUAACUACAAAUCCACACCUCACUCUCCACAUCAUGUUAACUACAAAUCCACACCUCACUCCCCACAUCAAGUUAACUACAAAUCCACACCUCACUCUCCACAUCAAGUUAACUACAAAUCCACACCUCACUCUCCACAUCAAGUUAACUACAAAUCCACACCUCACUCUCCACAUCAAGUUAACUACAAAUCCACACCUCACUCUCCACAUCAAGUUAACUACAAAUCCACACCUCACUCUCCACAUCAAGUUAACUACAAAUCCACACCUCACUCCCCUCAUCAAGUUAACUACAAAUCCACACCUCACUCUCCACAUCAAGUUAACUACAAAUCCACACCUCACUCUCCACAUCAACAAGAUCGUCACCACCAGCAGGGCUUGA